CUUUUUAUAAAAAAAAAAUAUCAUAUUUUUUUUCUGCUUCUCAUUUUAUUACAUAUUUGAAUAUAAAAAGAGAGUUUUAGCUUCCUAAUCCUUAUCCGGACUUGUAUUCGUUUUUAAUCGGUGAUGAUUGCCUGCAACAACUCAUCCGUGACUUUCUCGUCAUGGAUCCACCCACAAAAGCCAUUAUCGCCUACCGGUGCAUUAUCAUCUCUUGGUCCCGGAACCGCUCAGCCGUCGACGCUGGUGAAGAAGUCAUCGUUUCAACGAUACAAAAAGCGAGCUCAGGAUUUCUUUGGUCACAAUGGAACCAGCUCAUCGGCCCCGGUGCUCUCGGUUUUGGGACGUAAAUUAUCGCAACUCUCACUACGCCAUGUAUCACGAGAGUCUUCGGCCGCAUCGUUUGUAGCCUCGGACGACGCAUGUAAAACCGUGGAAGCCGUAGCCAUGGUAGGUUCUAUAGCAGCGGCGCUGGCCAUGAGUAGUCGUUGUCAAUACGCUCCACCUGGGUCUGUGCCGGCCGACGGAUCAGUGAAUCAACAGUGCCGAUCACAAUCAAACCAUGCACCGUCCUUGUGUGCUGCAAGGUGGCCCCGUUUGUCAUUUUCUACUGCUUUAUCCAGCCAGACAGAAUGCAAACGCACUGCAUCAAGUGAUCAAGCCAUGCCACGAAACCUAAUAUCGCAACGUCCACGACUACAAACACCGUAUCAUGAUGUGUCGCCCUCGUCGCCCACUCAUUACACAAAAGAAGCCCUGUUACAUGAAAAAUAUCCCGCUUAUCGUAAAGGGAAAAUUAUUGGCACAGGUGCAACUGCCAAGAUUCGAUUGAUGGAGCGACCCAUGGCCAGUCAUUUCAGAGAAAAUCAAUUAUCGUCCGUGUUGGCCAUAAAAGUGUACUAUAAACGAGAUCGUGAAGAGAGUCGGCGACAUUACCAGAAACGGCUCAUUAGCGAAUUCUGCAUCAGCAACACCCUGAAGCACCCACAUGUAAUUCAUGUUUAUGACCUGUUGAAAGAUAAUAAAGGACGCUGGUGCUCCGUCAUGGAAUUUUGUGGUGGCGGCGACGUGUUUUCCAUCUUGCAAGAUUUCAACUUGACGGAUGCGGAAAUGGAUUGUCUUUUGAAACAAUUGCUUCUGGGAUUGCAGUACAUCCAUGAGUGCGGGGUAGCACAUCGAGAUAUUAAACCUGAAAAUUUAAUGAUGACACGCGACGGAGUGCUCAAAAUUGCCGACUUUGGCGUAGCGGAUGUGGUGCAAUCGUGCUACACAGAAGACACUCGGGAAUGUUACGGACGAUGUGGAUCGGAACCGUAUUGGGCACCUGAGCUCUGGACAGACAGUGCCAAGACGGGCUACGAUGGACGAGCAAUCGAUAUUUGGAGUGCGGCGGUGACUUGGCAUUGUUUCUUAUAUCGCUGUAUUCCAUUCCUGCAGGCCUGCGAAGACGAUCCAAAGUAUGACGAGUUUUUAAGCAUGCGGCCCCAACGACAAUGGCAACCUCUUUCGAAAUGCACCGACGAUGAAAAGGCAUGUUUAUAUGGCAUGUUUGAUCCCGAUCCUUCCACCCGCUGGACAGUGGAACAAUGCCUGGCGUCAACGUGGAUGCAAUCUGUACAUAUUUGUCAAUUUAAUGAACAUACACAUCAUUACACAAAGUAAAAAAGGAAAAGGAAAAAAUACACUUCAAAUAACAAUAAUAGUAGCAAUAACAAGAAAAAAUAUCUGGCACAAUUAACGAUGUUACGGUAUUGACUCAAUGACCUUUUUGUUGUCAGAAAACCAGCUGUGUGCAUAUUCUCGGUGUUUAGCAUUAGAUAGAAUUGUAACUUGC